AUGGCCUCCAUGAUUAUGUUCGACGAGUUCAUUGAUACUGAGCUAUCUAGCAAUACCAUGCGCAUCAUGGAAUUUUCCACCUCUGCUUUUCUCAAGGUAGUUGCUAUGGGCUUAGGCCAGUACCUCUUCUUCAAAGUGAUCUACAAUGUGUUCUUCCAUCCUCUCAGGAACUACCCUAGCCCAUGA